AUGGGAGCAGCAGUUGAUCAUGUUUCCCCCAUGGGCAUGAGUGGAGGCUCAGCUGAAGGGAAUGACAAGAGUGAAGGGCAGCGCUUUUCCUGCAAAAACAAGUUGACAGCUCUUGUGGUGGAUAAUGGAGCUGUAUGCCGAGCAAUACAGACAGCACUCCUAUGUUCCUAUGGCGUGGAAACAGAAGCCGUAGAGACUGGGGAGGCUGCACUGCAGUUCAUUGCCUCUGGAGCAACUUUCAAUCUCAUUAUCAUUGAGAUGCUUCUGCCUGUCCUGAAUGGCCCUGAGACUGCUAGGCAGAUUCGUGCCAUGGGUGCCCAAAGCAAAAUUUUGGGGAUCUCUGCAUUUUUUGAUGAAAGGCACCAACAAGAAUUUCUUGCUGCUGGAGCGGAUAGGUUCAUUGAAAAGCCAUUGUCACCAGAAAUUGUGAUCCCAAUCAUAUGGGAGCUCGACAACUAA